UUAACACCGCUAAAGGUACAUAGACUCGUCUAAGAUGGCUGACAACAUGUGGAGCUCCGAGGUGAAUAAUUUUGGUUCGGGCUGAGUUGAAAACAACCUACAAACUAUGAUGUUUACCGUUUACCAGUAUGAUGUCAUUUGAUACCAUAAGAGCAGGGCAUGCACACAAUUCUCUAGGGCGGACAGCAUGCAGUUUUGAACCUCUGACUCUGAAAGGAUGUAAAGAGUGAAGCGCUCCGAGAUGUCAAAGGCCCACAUGGUUCUGCGGACAGGCAUCCUUUACAAUGCCCCAUGGUGUGGGGGCGGGGCCCAGCGAUUAAGCUUCUGCAGAACUUUAAGACUUUGGGUUCAGAACAACCUGUGAGCUUUCACAGCUUCUUAAGAAUCCCUAAAGCCAAAGAGACGAGAUGUUUACAGUGCAGCUUCCCGGUAACUCUCACUUGUCCUAGGCCAUUCAAUUUUAACAGACUUUCCUUUUCAUCUACAAAUUUUACAAAUCAGCACUUCAGAUGUCUCAACAGGAGGCUCUCCCCAGGUGCCAGAUUAAAAGCUAUAUACGGUGCUUGUUGUUUUGUCCCUCGAUGUGAGUGGUACAGUUCUAAGGGACCACGAGCCAAGAUAAAAGAUGAUGAAGGAUUGGCGGAGGAAGGGCAAGAGGAGGUCACUGAGAGGUCACAAGGCCAAGAUCAUGAUGGUGCCAAGGGCGACAAGGCUGCUGGAGGCGUGGCAGAGUUGCAUGAGAACAUCUUCACAGUGCCAAACCUGUUAUGUGGGGUGCGCAUCGGUCUCACACCUGUCAUCAGUUACCUGGUCAUCAACAGUAACUUCACCUGGGCCAUGGCACUGUUCGGACUUGCAGGAAUCACAGACCUGUUUGAUGGGUACAUUGCCCGUAACUUCAAGAACCAGAGUUCAGCAUUUGGCAGUUACAUCGAUCCCCUUGCAGACAAGUUCCUGGUCAGUGUGGUGUUCCUGAGCCUGACAUAUGUGGGACUGAUACCUGUUCCACUGACGUUGCUGAUCAUCGCCCGUGACGUUCUCCUGAUACUGGCUGGGUUCUAUGUCAGAUACCAGACACUGCCACCUCCUGUAACUUUUUCCCGUUACUUUGACGCCACCCAUGCCACGGCCCAGCUGAAGCCAACCUUCAUCAGUAAAGUCAACACAGCAGUACAGCGCAUGGUGACUUUCUCCCUGGCUGCUCCAGUACUGGGAUACGUGGAACACCCCCUGCUGCAGGCUCUAUGGUACUUGACAGCAGGAACCACCAUCAUGUCAGGUCUGAGCUACUUAGUGUACAAGGACACAUUCAAGGUCAUCAGGAGGAUGCACAGGAAGUGAUUUUGGGACUGUUGAAAUUUUUGAGAUAUUUUGAGAUAUAUUCGGAAAAUUUGAGAUAUUUAAGAUUUUUACUUGUCCUAUCAAGGAGAUAUAAUGUCCUUGUCCUAAGAUAUGAGCUUAUUCUGGCUUCUGUGUUGUUAGAUUACAGGGCAUACUGUAGAUGCAGGUGUAGAUGGGAUACACAGUCUAUCACAGUAGUCUUACUGCAACUGCAAGUGCAAAGUACAUUUGGUUGAACUGGCAUAAAUGGAGAGUGUCUGUUUAAGUACAGAUGCCCUUAUAGUACAUUUAGUUAAUUACAGAUGUUUGUAUGAAGCAACCAUUUUCUCCAGAACACUGUGAAGUACUUUUACAUUAGAAUUGCAAAACAAGGAGUUUUGGAUACGGCAUCAUACAGGCAUGUAAUCAUAGUAGCUGACAAGCUUAAGGGCAAUUGUGGUGCCCCAUAGUUAUUAGUUGAUACAUGUAUUUCAAUUUUUAGAAUUGAAAAGUUGUUGUUGUUAGUUUACUAUUUCAACAAAGCAAGCUUUUGUUGACCUUAACCUUUAUAAAAGUGCAAAUCUACUUCACUGCUUUGUAGCAGGAUAGCAUUACUGCCUGGGAAACAUACAUAUUUACAAUUUAUUAUACCGGUAUUGUAAUUUAAGUCAACUGUCGAUGUCAUCAUGUAUGGCAAGGUAGCCAAAUAUGGAACUCAUGGCUGCCUGGCUCUGAAAUGUGUUAUUAUCAACAUUGAGACGUCAUUUGCUCACCUCAGUGCCAAGGUGAAUAAAGAUUGAAUCAUGAACAUGCAAGCUUUCCACAAGGGGCAAUAAACAGAUAACAUCAGUACAAAGCAUGGCCAACA